CCGAUUGAAUAGCUAUUCAAGCGCUGAAUGUAUCAAACAAGCGUGUUUAUCAAUCUAUCAUAUAGUGACAAACAAACGUGGCUUACUUCACAUGUAUACACUACCAAAUAUGGGGUACUUAUUGAUUUAAGUGGUAGACACACUUUUGGUCAUUGUUAACGGUUUCCGAUAUUUUCCAGUUCUCAACAUUUACCAAUUAAAUAGUGUAGGGGUGAUAUUGAUAAAAAUCAAUUUACCAAAAUGUGACAACUAAGGAUUAUAUCUGUAACAGCUUCUAUUCAGGCAUAAUCUGGUGUAAAAGGGUAUGUUUGUAGGUAGUCUGCCACGUCGACACACACACAGGCUGUGUCCUGUUGUUAUCGAUCUGUUUUCCACUGAAAAGUACUUCUCAUAUUCUCCUGGCUGGAAAUGGCUCAGCAGAAUGAUAUGUCCCGAUCGUGAAACGUAAAACGUUUAAAAUAGUUUUAUAGCUACAGUCUCUUUACGGUACGGUUGUGUAUCACUUCCUUAAGCUUUAAGGACGGCUGAGUUUCGGUCAGACGAAGCAGGAAACUGUGGAGUAGAAAUCCACACUGAGCAGCAUAUCCAACAACAUGGGGGAGAGGAAAGUGUUCCUUGUUUUCAUAUUGCUUUUGGUUCCGGAUCCGCUAUUCGCCCAAGUCGACAAUCCACAAUGCCCGAAACUAUGUGACUGUGUCGACUCUCACGGUGAGAUGACUGUUACCUGUGGUGGCGAAGGUCUCAGCCAAAUCCCAACAGACAUCCCGACAUCAACCAUCUGGCUUGUCCUCAAGUACAACAACUUGGCAAAAAUCGGCAGCCACGACUUCAAGGGUCUGAAACAACUGAAAGGGAUCGACCUGAGCCAUAACAAGAUCAAGAAAAUAUCGCGUGGGGCACUCCGUCAUCUUGUUCACUUGGACAACAUCGACCUUUCAGACAAUGCCUUACAGACUUUAUCUGAAGAGACUUUCGCAGCCCCUCUUGCUGCGGCGAAGCAAGACGGGAGACGGUUCUUCGUUUUCCUGGCCAACAACCCCUGGCGCUGUGACUGCCACCUGAAAUGGUUGGCCGAAAAAUACGCCAACGAUACAAUCGUCUACAGCGAGCGGCUUGUCAGCUGUGACAGCCCCGCAAAUCUGAACGGGUCUUACGUAUCAGACGUGCCCCUGUCCGACUUCAAAUGUGACCCAGAAGUCACAUUCGUGGAGUCAGAACAAGGAAACGACGCCACCACUCCAAAAACCGACCCACGGGUUAAAACGGGAAGUUUGAAACCCCUGUCUAAGGGGGCUACCAUCACCACGAUUUGCGUGGUAGCGUUUGCGGUCUUAGCAGUGUUGUUUAUAAUGGUUAGAAUUGGUAGGGAGUAUACCACAGGUAGACAGGACACAGGGUCAGAGAUUGAGACAAGGCCAAUGAUCCUUACAGAUACCAGAGAGGUUUACAUGUAAAGUUGCUUCAGGCUAGAGUUGGUUGCGUAUAUAAUAAUAUACUGAGCUGUGUGAAAGGUAAAAUUAGUCAAUAAUUUGCAAGGGCCGUAAGAAUAGGAUUAUAUAGCAGUUUGGCAGGUAGGAUCUUCUCAAACACAGUUGGGUACUUGUACAUCAAAAUAUACCAUGUGAAAGACACUGCCACUAUAGACCAAAGGUUAGCUCAAGUAAUAUUUGCUGUGUGUGUUGAUAA